CGGGUCGUGACUAUGGAGUGGGUAUUGAGCAUUGGGCGGCGUCGCGUCGUACGGCGUCGUAGGUCGUGACGCGGCGCCUAGUGACGUCACUGCGAGGGUGGAGGGUGCGACAGCCGGUAGGGCAAGGGUAGAUGCCCCCCAGUGAAAGUCAGCUCAACGGCGUCAGUGCCGCCUGGGUCGCCAAUCGGUUCGCAUGUGUUAAGCCUCCGCGCUCCCGUCACUCGGAAAAAUAACCUCCAAUCUCCAUGCAUUACACUAAACAACUACUGAAGCCAUCAAAUCGACACAUAAGGUUUGAGAGAUAUUGACGCUGACUACUCGGACGCUGCGGUACGCGAAAGCGGCUAAAAAUAUCUGGGGUUCGCGCGCUCGCGGCGUGGCCGCGGCCGGUGCGAGUUUUCACUCAAUACACUAUUUCUGUCUGUUGAGAAGCAACAAGAUAUUCUACAUGCACAAUAUUUGGAACCAAUUUUUCAGUGGACAAUGAAAAAAGUGCGUAAAAAGAAGAUAACUGUCGCGAGGCGACGCUGACUGUCAGUGUUUAAAGUAAAAGUUUUUGUGUUUACCCAUUUACGGCGUAAAUCUAUAAAAGAUGGCGCUAGUGAUGCUUCCGUGUGACCUUCCCUGGUGGACUACCGUACAACGACACUUAAAACAUCUUCUUUUGGCUUCAUCUCCUUCGAAACUAACUGGCAACAUGCUGAAAAUACAUGACAUGUGCAACAUAGGUAUUGACCCUGACGACGACGUAAAGGAUCCAGAUCUCAUGAAGGGCUUAGAGCAGUUCUUAGAAGAAGAAAUGUCAGAGAAUGAACGGAUCCACUUUCUGGACAAUACAAUUAGGAUAAUGGUCAAUCGAGCGUUGCACUUGAAGAGAUGGAGACCUCCGAAAGGACUCAUGUUCAGUUUACAGCAACAAAGUGAUACCACCGAACUGGAUUACAAUUUUGUGUCAUCACUAAUCGCUCACGCAUUUUUCUCUACUUUCCCCAAGAGAACGCUCAAAACACACCCGACACUACAAGAUUUCAACUUUACGCAUUUUUUUAAGAGUUUACAUAGAAAAUCACAAAGAAAUAAAUUAAAAAGCUUACUUCACUACUAUGAAUGGUUAGAUAAGAAUAAUAAUGAAGGAAACAUUAAAAUAAGCCGACAGGUUAUGACGUCAAAGCAAUGGCUAACAAUUGAAGACUGGUUGGAAUGCACGCUCCCUCUUUGCAAGUUGCUGGUACGACACGAAGGUCGUCCAGAAAGAUGCGAAAACGACGAUGCUCUAAGAGUCUGUUUUUCAUCCAGCAGGGUCGGCGGUGAUGUACUCAUAGACGGAGAGUCUCAGGAGUCUCUGUCAAUGUUUAUGAUGCCUGAACUAUUGCCAGUAAUGCUAUCCGUAGAAGCACUAGAGGAUAAUGAAGUAUUGAAAGUGGAGGGCGUAAGGACGUUCAGCAGAAUUUCCGAGAAAAAACAAAAAACUAAAAUAGAGUUACUCGACGAGCCAAAGACUGUAACGGUAUGUCUAAUGGACGCCGAAGACUAUAGUAAAAUGCCCCUUGGCCAAUGGGAAGAAGACAAUGUCCUCAGAGAGCUAAACAAGUGCCUUCUGGCAUUUCAACAAACACCUAUGAAAAGCAGAGACCAUCCACGGCAUGAAAGAAGACUAUCUCCAAUAGGAGAAUCGUUCAGCCACACACCUCCUGAAGUGGAAGCAACGGUGGUGAUAAAACAAGCGUCUUCUUGCAGCACUAUUAACAGCUACAACAGUAGAAGCCCGUCUCCGCAGAACUACUGCGCUGCCACGCUCAACCUCAACGACCCCAGUGUUGAGCUGACGAAAAGAAAGUGCUGGCUGUCCCCAGACGGAUCAACGUUAAACAACCGCCGAGGCAGAUUCAUAGUCCUCGGAUCUUCGGGCGAAUGCCUUCCAGUCACCAGGGGUCCGGGCCACCAUAACCUGGACACACAGGAGGACAGCCUGUAUUCCAGCUGCAAUUCCAGUGAUGACGAAUUUCACAGUGCUAACGAUAGCUUUGAUUACGGCGGCAGUGAAGAUGAGGGUAGAGGCGAGAGUGCUCGUCCAAAUUCAUUCCAAUAUACCAAAGAGCUAUCAACGGAGGAACGACGGCUAAGUUUCGCUGAUCGUCUCCGGGAGGCCCUUCGAAGAGAAGCAGAGAACUCUUGUACCACUAGCACUACUGGAGACUGGUCUACUGACAGCUCGAGUUAUGCUGUCGGCGUCAGCAUCUCCGGAGCAGGAAUCAAUGAUAAUGAUAUUAGGGUAAAACGUGGCGGCUCCGUAGGAUUUGUGUUGACAGAAAAAGAAACAAUAAGCAAUGGUAAUCCAUCGCCGACUAGACGCAGACCUUUAGGUAGGAAAGAAACUGGGAACAGUUCCAAAUACAGUUUCAGCACAGAGUACACCUCUGAAUUAGAAGAGGUGUACGAACAGUUCAACAACUGGCUCAACGACCCGAUAGUGGACGCAGAAUCUGGAGAACAUAAAACGCGGGAGUUAGACUCCCGAGAUUUGGCUGUGAUUAGGUUUGCUGGUUCUCUUCUGAAGCGUACACUGAGCGAGUCGAUGGCCAGCGGUGCGAGUGGGGUAGGUGCGGAAGGCGCCGCCGAGGCAGCCGAGCUGUACGGCCGCGACUCUCGCGACCGCACGGCGCCGCGCCGGCUAGCUUUAGCUGCGAGAUCGCUCUCGUUGGAACUCGCCAGGCAUCGACACAGACUGGCAGCUCAGCUGAAACGUAAAAUAAAAGAGUCAAUACCUGAAGAAAUAAUAGAGAGUACGCGUGUGAACAGUGACCAGAUUGAGAAGACGGAUACGGGGUCUUUCAGUACCUCCACAGACACCGCAUCUACGCAAAUAUCUAACCCUAUCGCUAGAAAGAAAAAACUCAAUUGGAUGAUCAACAUGAUUGUACAGACCAUAGAGGAGAAUAUUGAAUGUGAACCCGUCACUAUUAAACUUAAGAUACCUAAGCUGAACCAACUGGCGCACAAGAUCGUCUCCGGCGGGUCGUGCAAGCCGGUGGCGACCGGCAACUGGGGCUGCGGGCGGCGGCAGCGCGGCCACCCGCAGCUGAAGCUGCUGCUGCAGUGGCUGGCCGCCAGCGUCGCCGGCGUGCCCGCGUUCAUCUACUACACCUUCGGCAAUGAGAAACUCUUCAAGUUGGAUACCCUAGUUCGAGUGAUAGUAGACAGAAAAUGGACGGUCGGCCAAUUGGCGCGCGCGGUGCUGAAAUUUGCGCGGCAAACGCUUCACGAGCCCCACGUCAUACCAGACAACCACACGCUAUUCGACGAGCUCAUCGGAAUCGAGAAAAUACCAAACGACACAUAGCGGAAACGACCGAACCUUUAUGACAAUAGGGGUUCAAACGGAAACUUUUGAAUAUAAAAUUCGUUUUGGUACAAACACCUGAUUUGUCCAUUAUGCGGCUGUUAUGGGUUAAUAUGACCAAUUUUACAAACUCACGUUUUCCCUUCCAUAGUCUGAAAAGGAAUGAAUUCAAUUUGACCUACUAAAUACCACAUAUUAUGCUAGAUACACCAGGAAGUUGCGAAAGCAUUUUUGUCAAAAUCCCAAUAAACUUCCCAGAGAACAUGUGAAAUUAGACCACGUAGAAUUUUGUCUUUAACGCUCCAGCGUAGGCCUUUAUAGAAAACUGUGUUAUAAAACAAAACUCACAGCAUAUGGUAUGUGCUUACAUUUUGUUUUGUUUUUUUUUAUUAAGGGCUUAUACUUUAAUUAGCACAACAUUAUGGCCCAUUCUACACGCAAAUUGUUGCUAAUUGCAUUUAAAAAUAUAGUAUUGUUUGGAUUUAUUUUAAAUGUUUAUGGUUAAAACGAUAAAUGUAAGCUAGCUGAUAAUGAACAACAAAGUCAGACGAUGGUGUCUUACUUUGUGCAAUUUUUAGAUACAGUUUACGAAAAAGCUAUUAAAAAGCAAUACUAGUGAAAUCGAUUUAAAUACAUAACUUUAAAGUAUUUUUAUACAAAACUAUCAAAUAAAGUACAAGUACUUAUAGAUUGAUCAUUUCUUUGUUAAAAAUAUAAAUAAAAAUAUUGUAAAAGUUUUACAAGUUUAACAUUGCAUUAAGGUUUGUAGGGCAGUUCUAAUGUAAGACUGUUUCAUUAUUAAUAUUUGAACAAUAUCAGCUUCGGAUAAUUUUUUACAACACAUAUAUUAUUAAAACUAAGCUGAUUUACAUUAUUUGUAAAUAUAACGGAGACUUAUGAAACCAAAUUUGUAGCACUUUGGCAGCUAAUUACAUCCUAAUCACGCAUUUAUUCUGAGACAACUAAUUGGCUAUGAAAUUAUAGUAUAAAAUAAUUAUACUUAAUUUUAUAAAGGUCUUCCACAGCAUGAAUCUCAAUGUGUCCAAAAUUUGGUAAUUUUGUGUAUCUACGGAAUACUCAAGCAGGAUAAUGCGAAAUAAAAUUAUUGCGUCUCAUAAAA